AAAGCCAUGGACUAUAGUAGGCCUAUAGUUGAAGCCAAGGUCCAAGUUGAAAAUGAUUUUCACCCUUAUCGAGUCUGGGAUAAACAACUGACGUGUAUUGCGCGUCAUUGAGGUCGCUUCCGUGCGUUUUGAGCCUCUCCACCAGAAAGAAUUAUGCCCUAUUCGUUCACAAAUGCUUCGUCGGAGUAUGUGUUUAUGGAACCUACAUAACGUAGAUUCAUGUUAUCCAUGUAUGUUACAUAAGCAACUGGCCUACAUAACUAGCUUAAUCUAAUUUCAGAGACCAUUUGCAUUGCUAUUGUCUCCCAUUGUUUCAAUAUGUGGAAUGUUCGCCUGACCAGAAAACACGUGGGUUGCCAAGUAGUGUGAAGAUAUCCGGCUACUAUUGUUGCAUUUAAAUGGACUAUGCUCAAAGUCUCUACCCAAAGCAGGAGGUGGAUGUGAGCAUGAUGAGCAAGAUGCCACCUAACAGAAGAGGGAUAACUUUUGAGGUGGGAGCAACGCUAGAGGCCAGAGACACCCUCAAAAACUGGUAUCCGGCCAACAUAGAGAAGAUUGACUAUAAUGAUGAGAAGAUCCUGAUCCACUACCGUCAGUGGAGCCACCGCUAUGAUGAGUGGUUUGACUGGACCAGCCCCUACCUGAGACCUGUAGAGAGGAUCCAGCUGAGACGACAGGGACUGCUGGACGACGAUCCUAUCCCUGGAUUUCAUGUAAAUGACAAGGUCCUCGCCAGUUGGUCCGAUUGCCGCUUCUACCCUGCCAAGGUCUUAGCAGUCAAUAAAGAUGCAUCUUACAGUGUGAAGUUUUAUGAUGGAGUCGUCCAGACAGUGAAGGGGAUCCACGUGAAGCCUUUUGUCAGAGAGAGAGGAGGAGGGAAGACUCGGUCUGCUGAGAGGAACGGAGUCAGGAAGCACCAGAAUGGCAGAGACAGGAGGCCUCAGGAAAACAGCCCCAAGAAUAAAAGGGCCAGACGCAGUACCUCUGACCUGGAGGGAGACAGUGAGACCGAGGAUAAUAAUGAUGUUGAUGAAUGGGACAAGAGGGAGGAACAGGAGAAGACCAAGAGGAAGGAUGGUGAGGUGGAUGUCACCAAAGAGAGUCCACCCGCGAUUAAGCAGGAGGAGCAUACAGAGCAGCAUGCAGGACAGAACGACGUCCGGGAUCACAUGACAGCCACUGUGGGCCCGAACGGAGUGAAGGUGGAAGAAGACCGAGGACAGAGUGAGGAGAGGUCUACUCAUAAUUUAAAUGGAGGGAUAAAAAAAGAGGUGGAAAUGAAAACUGAGUACACAGUCCUGAGCUCACCAAAUGAACCUAAGCUAUCCACUGAGCCACCCAAUCAGAUGUCAACACUGACAGGGCCAGUGUCUAUCCCAUUACCCUCAGCUUUGUCCACCAAUGACGGAGUGGAGCAGAAGGCAGCGAGCCAACCGGAUAGCUCAAAAUCUGCACCACUGGACGUCCCAGUGAAACCAAUAAGGAAGCAGGGUUUUCACAACCCCAAUAGAUUCAGCAGAGAGCCAUUGUACAGAGUGAUCAAAAACCAGCCUCCCCCAGUCCUGUCCAUCAACUUGGACCACAACCCGUUUAAAUGCAGCGCUGUGGGUUGCACCAAGUCGUUCCGCAAGGCCAAACUGCUUCACUACCACAUGAAGUACUACCACGGAGAGGACCAGCAGCUAGAGGACGACCUCAGCCCCACCAGGAGCGUCCAGACCCAGGCCUCAGAGAAGCACCCCUCCCCUACCACUCUGGAGAGUCCUAAGAGGAGACGCACCUUCUCUGCCUCAAUGCACUCCACUGUGCACAGUCCUAUCAGAACUCCCCCGUCUCCACGUAGUGAGGCAAAAACAAUGAGCAGACGCACGUCAGUGCCACCUGCUGUCAGCACAGAGCCAACACAGAGCCAGCAGCAGAGGGCACUGCUGAGGGAGAAGAGCAAAGAGAACCAGCUGGACAGGAAUGGCCAGAGACCGGUGGCGACAGAGACGUUUAUGAGCAGUGGCAUGGACUUAGGAUUGGUGAAAGAACGAGACCGGCUGAAGGAUAAGAAACAGACCGACUUCCUUCACGUUAAACUGAAGAAAAAGAAGAAGAAAAAGAAGGCCAAGUCUGAGUACACAGGUAGUGAGGAGAAUAUUGACAUCUCAAUAUUUGAUCUCCAGUCCAAAUUGAAUUUGCCACUCAAAUUCCCCCUCUCACACAAUCACAAGCCUGAGUCAUACCACUGCAGGCCCGGAUACAACCAGUCAGAGCAGAUACACGUGGAUGAUGAGGAUAGCAUCAGUGAUUGGUCAACUGACAGCUGUGGGUGGAGUGAUGAGCAGGGGGCGGAGCUGGACGUCACUACUCCACCCCUGAAUCUGGGCUCUGUUGCCUUGGAGACGGGCGCUCAGGAGAUUGUGCGUUGCGUCUGUGAGGUGGAAGAGGAAAACGACUUCAUGAUACAAUGUGAGGAGUGUCUGUGCUGGCAGCAUGGCACCUGCAUGGGCCUCCUGGAGGAGAACGUCCCAGACAAAUACGCCUGCUACGUCUGCCGAGACCCACAAGGUCAGAGGCAGAGCCUGCGGUACUGGUAUGACCGUGAUUGGCUGAGCAGCGGUCACAUGUACGGUCUGUCCUUCUUGGAUGAAAACUACUCCCACCAGAAUGCAAAGAAGAUUGCAGCAACACACCAGCUACUAGGAGACGUCCACCGUGUGGUGGAGGUGCUCAAUGGCCUGCAGCUCAAGAUGAGCAUCCUACAUACCCAAACCCACCCAGACUUGCGGCUGUGGUGCCAGCCCUGGAAGCGGGCAGAGAGGCCCUGGAGGAGAGACGGCUCGGGGACGGGCACCGACGCAGCACCGUCUCCAGCGCCAACAGACGAGGGCUCAGAGAGGGACCACAAGAGUCUUGCGCGUGGGGGAGCAGAAGCUCUGAUGUCAGCCGCCAUGGAGAAGCUCAGUCGAGCCUCCUCUUCCACCUUCUCGCCCUACCAGUCGUUCCAGGACUCGUACAUCAUGAGUGAGCACUGCUACCAGAAGCCGCGGGCGUACUACCCUGCGGUGGAGCAGAGGCUGGUGGUGGAGACCACACGGAGGGGCUCUGAGCUGGAGGACAGCCUGAGGAGUACUGAGGACCUGCUGGAGAGAGAGCAGCGCUAUGGAGGCAUGCUAGAGACAGCCAGGCCCAAAGCCCAUACACACCUGAACACUCACACCAAGGGUUCAGAUGUUGGUCGCUGGGGCCAGGCCGAGGUGAAGAUGGAGGGAGGGGACGGAGACGGCAGUAGCCAGCAGCACCAGUGGCAGAUCAACCUGCUGGAUCACAUAGAUGCCGUACAGGAAGAGGUCACUCACAGGAUGGACUUCAUCGAGAGGGAGCUGGAUGUGUUGGAGAGUUGGCUGGACUACACAGGGGAGCUGGAGCCCCCAGAGCCUCUGGCCCGCCUGCCUCAGCUUAAACACAGCAUGAAGCUGCUGUUAACGGAGCUGGCCAAGGUGCAGCAGAUUGCCCUGUGCUGCUCCACAUGAGGGCGCCAGUGAGCAGUGUGACAUCCAUAUUCACAGACCAACACAGCACUCCCAAGAGACAAUGCAGUGGAGAGCAACACUCACUGGUCUAUCUAUGGCAUUUGGGGGUUGGACUGAGGAGAAAUGACCAGAUAAUUUAAUGCAAAUGCACUUUCAGUAUACUGCAGACUAGUGGGAGCAUUUCAUGGCAUGGGGUAAAAUGCUUGAGGAUGACAGUUGGUGUUCCUCUGUAAGGCCUCUAGUCUGUACAGGGAAAAGCCCACAUAAUGGAAAUGUGCUGUAUCAUGGUCAUUGCAGUAGGUAUUGGAUGGAGUCAAUACAAGAGAGAACAAACGGGGACAGUUUAUGAUCGGAUGGGUUUUGUUGGUGCAAACAUGCAUCAUAUUAAUGCCUUGGUCUGAGGUUUUGUUUGAAGCUUGCUGUCAUGUACUCCACAAAUGGAUGACCUGUACUAUGUAUUCAAAGACCUCACCUGAACUUCUGAUAGACACACUGUCAAUAUUCAUAAUGACAGCUGUUGGAAACACUGUCCUUGGAGCCAUAUUUUGCAACUCUUUUUCCUUUCUCAAUAUUGUAAAGUACUUAGUCAUUGAUAAUCUCGCAUAAUUAUUAAGCUUAUGUUUGCUGAUCAUGUGGAUUGUUUUACAGAGCACAACCUUAAUAAGGUUAUAAAUAGGGUGUGACAAUACAAACUAUAUUCUUAUAUAAUGGCACUGUAUAGAUAAGAUUCAUCUUUCAGAUUUUACGUAGUGAAUUUUUACUUUGUCUGUAUUAUAGACACUGGAGGGACAGUACACAGUUUGAUGACGAGUGACGUUUCUGGAUUUUUGUUUUCAUAUUGUUUAAAUGUGGUUUCUUUCCAAAGCUAAUGUCACUGUUGUAUUUUGUUGAUUCUGUGUAUCUUCUCUUCUAUCCUAUUCACUCUCGUCUCGCGAUAUCGUCGCUCGAGUUCCUGCCCUACUACUUUGCAGAUGCAUACCAGAUCUUAGAACGCCUGCAAUAGGUGUAACAUUUUAGCUAACCACCUCAUAUGAUAUAGCAAUCUAGUGCCCGACUGCAGUCUGACGUGGCACACAGCCAUUGGUAAAUGCAAUGCCUGCCCUGCACAUCUAGUCGGGCAGGAACUCGACCUUCAACUUUGCUUCACUUGUAGCCUUUGACUUUUGGCUUACUGCAAAUGUUUGUGGAAAUGUCUGCUACAACCUCAGCAUUUUGUGUUCUGUUCUCAGUGGAAGACUUGUAACAGAUCCACGAUUUUCCUUUUCUUGUAUUUUACCUGUACUGUUUAUUUGCAAUAUUUUGUAUUUCUUGUGUAAAUACAUCUGAAUGUUUCCUGGGAUGACUUUGUAUUGAUGGUUAUUUUUAAACAUAGUCCUCCAAAGAGCCAUACUGUACUAGUGGGUCAACCAGGUUAAGAACCAAACAAGAUGUUGAAAAAUGCAACAGAUAUGCUGGUACAUAAAUACACUACUAUAUCUCAUUGAUAUACAGUGCAUUCAGAAAGUAUUCAGACCCCUUGACUUUUUCCAUAUUUUGUUACGUUAUAGCCUUAUUCUAAAAUUGAUUUUUUUUUAAUGUUUCAAUGACAAAGCGAAAAAGGGUUCUUAUUUUUUCUUUCAUGUAUUAAAAAUUAAAAAACAUAUCUGCAUCCUGUU